UACAGAUGAUUUCAGAAGCCAUCGUUACGUUGAAAGAGAGGAGUGGAUCGAGCCAGUAUGCGCUCACUAAAUUCAUCGAAGAAAAGCAUAAACAAUUACCGUCGAAUUUUCGAAAGCUCUUGCUUGUUCAGAUGAAGAAGUUCGUUGCUUCUGGAAAACUCGUCAAAGUUAAAGCCUCUUUCAAACUACCUUCGGCUUCCGCUGCAGUUAAGAAUCCCGUCACCGCGAAGCCUAAAUCUGCUACUACCACGGCCGCAAAAUCCAAGCCGAAGACGGCAAAAACCGCGGCGAAGCCGAAAGCGAAGGCCAAAGUAGCAACGCCUGUGAAGGCAAAGGCUAAAAUUACGGUGAAACUGAAGGCUACGACAAAGGCUAAAGCUAAACCAGCGGCCAAGCCAAAUAAGGUGGCAAAGACGGCCAAGAAGAGUUCACCGGGGCAUAAAGUAAAGACUCCGGCAAAGAAGAAGGUUGUAGUGGCGAAGAAACCAAAGAGUUUGAAAUCGCCGGCUAAAAAAGCGGCGCCAAAGAAGGCAAUGAAGUAAAGAGAG